UCGAGCUACUAGCCUGCUGUCCAUUGCUACUAGUCUUCAGAACUGCAGCUGCUGCUAGAGCUCAGCUUAGCUUGAGUGCCGCCGCCUGCUCCCAUUGCUGGGCUGUGCAAGCUUAAUUAGGCUCGCUCUGCUCUAGAUUCUGCGAGGAAGAAGAGCCACCUAGCUUAGGCUUGGACGACGACAAUGGCCGGGGUCGGGAGGAACAUGGUGGCGCCGCUCAUGGUGCUCAACCUCAUCAUGUACCUCAUCGUCAUCGGCUUCGCGAGCUGGAACCUCAACCACUUCAUCAACGGCCAGACCAACUACCCGGAUGUGGCCGGCAACGGCGCGACGUUCUACUUCCUGGUGUUCGCGAUCCUGGCCGGCGUGGUGGGCGCGGCGUCGAAGCUGGCGGGCGUGCACCACGUCCGCGCGUGGCGCCACGACAGCCUCGCCGCGAGCGCGGCGUCGUCGCUCAUCGCCUGGGCCGUGACCGCGCUCGCCUUCGGGCUGGCGUGCAAGGAGAUCCACAUCGGCGGCCACCGCGGGUGGCGCCUCCGCGUGCUCGAGGCCUUCGUCAUCAUCCUCGCCUUCACGCAGCUGCUCUACGUGAUGAUGCUCCACGCGGGCCUCUUCGGCGGCAGCGCCGGCUACCGGGACCACGCCGACUACGGCGUCGGCGGCGCCGCCGGCGUGCCCAAGGGCCCCAGGGUCUGAUCUCGCCUCUACAUCUCAAGCACGCGCGCUGCACGCGCCGCGUUAACGUCGUAAUAGUGAUGGCAUGUGUGGGUGUUGAUGGUGCGUGUGUUCGUACGUACAUCGUUUAUCUGCUCAUCUCUACUGUUUUUAGUCAGGUCAGCUCAGCUUAGCUCUGGCUUGUACAUGUAUCCUGUUUUUAAGUGUAUUUUGUGUGCCGUCGGUUUCAGUCGGUGACGACACUGAUGAGAGAUGAGGUUGUGGCUCAAUCUGUCCUGGUUUGGGGUU